UGUACAUCAAUGUUGUUUCAUUAACUGGUGAACUCACCUUUAUUUCCGAAACUCACUUGUUAGUUAAAAAAGACAACGCACAGAACGGGUUUCCUGUAUUUUAAAUUCACAAUUCUAUUUUUUUUCUCAACUCACUUUUGUUAUUAAAGAAAUAGCGCACAGCAAUUCUAUUUUAUUUAAUUUAUAUAUAUUUCUCAAACGUUAUACAUUGAUCGAAUAUCCUAAUCGGCGGCAGAAUCGACGAACGAUGUGAAAAAUCUCAAGCUUUUUUGAGAUGAGUUAAUUAUUCGCGAAUGCGUGAACUAUGUAAAUAAAACGAAAUUGCCUGUGCCGAUUAAAUAAAAUUGCGACCGCUCGCGAAUGUUCUUCUUACACAAUUUAAUUCUUUUUUCCAAGAAUUUUAUGACUUAGCCUAAAUCUUAACCCAACGGCGUAAACUAACGGACGCGUAAGUAGGUAUGUAUUUACAAAAGAGGGGUAAGUGGAAUUCAUUUCGUUACAGUAUGGUGAGUAUAGAAAACAUUAUUAUUAGGGUGAGUACUUUAUAUAAAAAUAAACUUUAACAUUUUUUCAAUAUUUAAUAUAAAAUUAGUUCAUAUACAUUAGUUUACUAUUAUGUUUAAAAACGGUAUUUAUGUUUAAAGGGUGUCGCUUGGCGCAACACCGGCCGCCUUGACAGGAUCAUGAUCCUUCAACGUUGAUUGGUAGCAGGGCGAGCUUAUGAAUGGGCCGCUUGAUUGUGCCUGCUUUCAUUGCCACGUCUGCCACUCGCACCUUGCCGUCUUGCCCCUCUACGGUUGCGGCGACUCGUCCUAGUACCCACUGCUGCGGUGGUGUGUUGUCUUCGUGUACGAGGACGAGGUCGCCGGCCUGCAGAUUUCGCUCCGGUUUUGGACCACUGCUGCCAAAACUGUUGCUUGAGACAGCAAACAAGUUGCCAUCUCUCGCAACAACGAAUUCUGUCCGCUGGCACUUGUGCUGGUGGCAGUGCUCGUAGAGGGCAACCGAUCAGCAGGUGUGCUGGCGUUAGAGCUUCUCCAUCGUUGGGGUCCUGGCUCAACGGUGCGAGUGGACGCGAGUUGAAGAUGGCUUUCACUUCGGCUAGUACUGUUGACAGCUCUUCUGCGAUGAGAAGAGCGUUGCCGAGUGCGCGAACUACCAGGUGUUUGGCGGAUUUCACCGCGACCUCCCAUAAUCCGCCGAAGUGCGGCGCCCUGGGUGGUAUAAUAGGGUGGUUUUAGUGAAUAGAAGUGAAUUUUUUUUUCUGAAAUUUGUGUGUGCUCACUUCUAGGAAUGUGCCAUUUAGUGUAAAAAUACAAUUGUAAAAGUUUCAGCUUAAUCGAACUUUGCCUUCCCGUGCCGAAAGAGCCUUGAAGUUUGAUAAAAUGGCCAUUUUUCGCGGAAAAGCGUUAUGUUUCGAGUUUAACUUAUGACUGAUUCCACCUAUUACAAUAAAUUUAUUAUCAAAUGAAAGGUAAUUUUGUUGAAAUUAAAGUCUAUUAUAAUACAUUUUCUUUAGAAAUGUAUGGUUUGGAAGAUAUUUAACAUUUAAUGGACCAAGUUCGUGUUAUGUGCCUUUUUGGUGACACUCAUACAUGUAUUUUAAAUUAGAAUUUUAUAUAUUCAUGAAAAGUAUGAAGGCCGAAGACAGCCCUUCCUUACUUGUUUUUAAGUAUUUUUUGACAUUUUGGUGAGUUUGGCCUUGGCCUAAGAUAGUGACAUAAUUGGGCCGUCAAAUUUCUUAACUUUUCAUUCUAUGCAACUUUACUUUAGUAUAUCCUAUACUUUUACUAAAAUAAAGCGACAACAACAAAAGAUCGCAUAACUUUUAUUAACCGUUACUUUACUACUUUUUCACAUUUCAACCUCACUAAACAUAUUUUUUCUCCAAUAAGCUGGCAUCUCUAGUAUUAUUUGGUAUUGUAUAUUUCUGGCAUCUCGUGGCUGACUUGUUGCUCAUAUUUACCGCUAUGUAUUCUGGUAGUAAGUAAAACGUGGGGAAUCCCCUAUUUGAUUUUGACGCUUUAAGAGAAAUGUUAUUUUAAAGUUUGUUGUGCUAAGUGAACAGUUCGAUAUUAGAAAGUGCAAGAUAUUACAUACAUAGUUAUAUAUGUAAUUAAAUUCAAAUGGCUACUACCUCAUCUAAUGUUCGUGUUCGAUCUAAAACCUUAAUUUAUUUAAUUGGGUAUUCAUCUCAUCAAAUAAUCGGGAGUAAACUGCCAUCUAAUCAUCAAAUGUUAAAGUCAUUGUUUUACAACAUUCUUGAAGUUGGAUUACCUUUUAGUGAUACUGCAAAACUCACUCUGACGGAAGUUCUUGUGUUCUGGGAGAAAGCUAGAAUACCUUAUCAAUUACAUAAAAAUGCUGUUCGCAAAGUCGAAAAAUUAUAUAACGAAUGGAGGGCACUUCAGAAGUGUUCAAGAUUGAAGACAAAACGUCAAGAGGAAAAAAAUCUUGCAUUCACAUCCAAACUGUCCUAUCUUUUUGAUGUAGCAGUGGAAGAUGCCAUUUCAAAAAUGUCUAAUCAGGAAGAUAUUAAAUUUUUGACAUAUCAGAGAAUGAAAGGACGUCCAGGCCAUAUGGAAGGUGUCGAUGUGAAUACAGCUCUAGCUGAACAAUGAAGAGAAGCAAGAAAAGCAAAAGCAGAAGAGUGGCGAUGGCGACAGAUUUCACCAGUAAGCGCUGAAAAUGUAUGAGACAUCUCAUUGUCUUCUGAAUCAGAAGUGGAAGAAAUCACCUCGCACGAAGUAUUUACCGAUGAUGAAAAAGCCAACAAAGCGGAGACAGCGAGUAAAAAAAGGAAAUACAGUCGUGGUUAUAAAGAAGUAAUGACAGAAAAAUUAUCAAUUUUGCUAGAUAGGUGCAAAGUUUCUGAUAGAAAUGCGAAUAAUUUUCGCAACAGCUGAAAGUCUGGGGGGUUACUCUGUAAGGCGCUUCGCAAGUGAAAAAGCUCGUAAAUGAAAAAAAGCAACUCUGUAAGGCGACAAGCGCAUUGGAAAUUGCGUUUUGCGCACUUAUUUUUACCCCUUCGCAAUGGCAGCACUCUGUAUUGCGUAAACGACUGUCAAAUCUGUGCGUUUAACGUAUUUUUGAUUCGAUAUCAAACUGGCAAACGCAACGGACAAAAAAUGGAACAUUCUAAAAAUAAACAGACAAACCCAACACAGUUCGAAAUUUUAAUCAAUUUUAUGAAUACACAUUCGGAACUUUCCAAAGGACAGCUUAAAACUGUGGACGCGAAAAAUGCAGCAAAUAAUUUGUGGAAAGAGUUGGUAUGUGACCUUAAUGCUGCGGGGCCACCAUCGCGCGAUGUUUUAAAAUGGAAAAAGGUUUGGUCGGAUUAUAAAACCCAUUUAAAAGCAAAAAUGGGGCGGAACAAAGUAAGUAUUUCUGGAACUGGUGGUGGUCCUCCAAGUCAUUGCUCCUUAACACCGUUGGAGGAGCAGGUUAGUGAACUUCUGGCAAUGGAAAUAUCCGUCAGUGGAAUAAGCGGCACCUCAGAAUUUGGUGCAGUACAAUUAACACAACCAAGUGGGUCAGACAUCACAACCGACGAAUUCCGACAGAAUGAACCAACGCCAGUGGAUGAAAUGCCACAUUGUUCACGACAAAGAGUCGCUCCGCAAAAGAAAGAUAGCCUUUUAAAUAAGCAGGUGGAUAACCAAAUCGCUUAUCACAAAGACUCAUUAAAAGUGUUAUCUGAAAUUAAUGAAAAUCUGAAGAUAAUUUCAAAAUGUAUGAAUAAAAACAUAAAAUGGCUAAAAGAAAAUAUAAAUUGGCUGUUGAAAAAUUCGAACACAAAAAAAGGAUUGAUUUGGACAAAACAAAACUAA